AUGUCGAAUCAGUGUAUUCUCAGAAUCACCCGCGAAUUGGGCGAGAUCCAGCGCGGAUCCGACCUCUCAAUAGCCGUCGCCUGCCGCGACAUCGAUGUGCGCCAUGUGCGGGCACUCAUCAUAGGCCCGCCUGAUACCCCAUACGAGUUUGGCUUCUUCGAAUUUGCCGUCAAGUUCACUCGAGACUAUCCAACCAAAGCACCAAGCGUAACAGCCAUAACCACAAACGGCGGGCGCACGCGCUUCAAUCCCAACAUCUACGCAGGCGGAAAGGUGUGCCUGUCAAUUCUUGGCACAUGGCGAGGCGAGCGUGGUGAAGAGUGGUCAUCUGCACAAGGCCUCGAGUCAAUCCUGAUCUCCAUCCAGAGUCUCAUGUCCGGCAACCCGUACGAGAACGAGCCCGGUUUUGAAGACGCGAACUCCGACUAUGACAAGAAGAACCAAGAAGCAUACGUAGACAAGAUUCGACAUGAGUCUUUACGCAUAUCUGUUAUUGAACGGCUUGAGGAAUACCUAGGCAUCAACCGACAGAGGCCUGGCGUGACAAUCUACAACGCUGAAGAAGACUACCAGUCCAACAGAGACGAUGCGCCGUUCGAGCCUUUCAAGGAUCUCUGCAAGCGACGUUUUCUGUGGUACUAUCAGUCCUAUCUCACCCGGGUAGACGAAGCGGUCAAGCAGAACAAAGAUGGAGAUCGCUUUGAGAAGAUGCCAUUCGAAGGUCCAGGAAAUACCAUGGAAGGCGUUUUCCAAUACACGUCUCUCCGGGAGCGCCUCGUCAAGAUUUUCGAGACUCUCAACAAGGAAAUGGAAUCUUGGGCCUUGGAAGGCAUGGCAGCCGUUAAGAAAGAGAUGAGCAUUGCCAACAACCUUCAGCGGCAAUACGAACAGAUUGUCGAGAAGUACAAGAAGCAAGACGCAAUCGCAUUGGACCUUGACUUGGUCGACAAGAAUCCAUUUGUAUGGCAGCUGGUGCUCUUUGGUCGGCCCAUGACAAACCUUGACGGAGGCAUGUUCAGGAUCAGGCUAUACAUCAGCCCCAAGUUCCCAGAUGUCCUACCUCGAGUCCGGUUCGAGACACCAAUUCUGUACCACCAUCGCGUGUCCCCCGACGGUAUUCUUUGUUACGACGCUGCUCGCAAAGACGAUAUGCGGUCGCACAUUGAGGCUAUCAUUGCAGCUAUCGAGGAGGAGUCACCUGCGUACGACCCGCGCACGUUGGUAAAUCCCGAGGCUGCAAAGCUUUUCUGGGGAAGUCCAGACGACAAGAAGCUCUACAACCGUCGCUUGAGGCGGUCCGCGCAAGACAGCGCUGAGUAA